UCCCCGGCGGCGGGCAGAGGAAGGGCGCGGGCGGGUGUCGCGCCUGCGCAGAGCGCGCGGCCCGGCGGCGUGCGGGUUGUUGUGCGGCGGCGGCAAGAUGGCGGCGCACGGGGGUUCGGCCGCCUCCUCCUCGGCGCUGAAGGGGUUAAUCCAGCAGUUCACCGCCAUCACGGGUGCCAGUGAAAGCGUGGGAAAGCAUAUGCUUGAAGCAUGCAACAAUAACCUGGAGAUGGCUGUCACCAUGUUUCUGGAUGGUGGAGGCAUAGCAGAAGAGCCCAGCACCAGCUCUGCAGGGGUGUCUGCUGUUCGACCGCACACUGAGGAUGAAGUACGAGCUCCAAUUCCUCAAAAACAAGAAAUUUUAGUAGAGCCUGAGCCCUUGUUUGGAGCUCCUAAAAGACGCAGACCUGCGCGCUCAAUAUUUGAUGGUUUUCGGGAUUUUCAAACAGAAACCAUUCGACAGGAACAGGAGCUACGAAAUGGAGGGGCAGUAGAUAAGAAGCUCACUACUCUAGCAGACCUCUUCAGACCUCCCAUUGAUCUGAUGCACAAAGGCAGCUUUGAAACGGCCAAGGAGUGUGGUCAGAUGCAGAACAAAUGGCUCAUGAUAAACAUUCAGAAUGUGCAAGAUUUUGCCUGUCAGUGUCUCAACCGCGAUGUCUGGAGCAAUGAGGCUGUGAAGAACAUAAUCCGGGAACAUUUCAUUUUUUGGCAGGUAUACCACGACAGUGAGGAAGGACAGAGGUACAUACAGUUUUAUAAACUAGCAGACUUCCCUUAUGUCUCCAUCCUGGAUCCCAGGACAGGCCAGAAACUAGUGGAGUGGCACCAGCUAGAUGUUACUUCUUUCUUGGACCAAGUGACUGGGUUCCUGAGUGAGCAUGGACAGCUGGACGGCCAUUCUACUAGUCCUCCCCAAAAAUGCUCUCGUUCAGAGAGUCUCAUUGAUGCUAGUGAGGACAGCCAGUUGGAAGCUGCCAUCAGAGCCUCGUUACAGGAGACGCAUUUUGAUUCCUCACAGGCCAAGCAGGAGAGUCGGUCAGAUGAGGAGUCCGAGUCGGAGCUUUUUUCUGGAAGCGAAGAGUUUAUUUCGGUUUGCGGAUCUGAGGAGGAGGAGGAAUCGGAGAAUCCUGCCAAGAUGAGGAAGUCUCCGCACAAGGACUUGGGGUAUAAAAAAGAGGAGAGCCGGAGGCCUCAGCCUGAGCCCCCUGCAAGGACUGAGCCUGGCACAACAUCAAAUCACCGAGUACUGCCUUGCAUUGAUGCAGGGAUACUGGAGGAGUCAACUGACAAGCCUGAAAGUACAUUUCAGGGCCUAGAUGUGAAUGGACCAAAGGCACAGCUGAUGCUAAGGUAUCCAGAUGGAAAGAGGGAACAAAUUUCACUGCCCGAACAAGCUAAACUUCUGGCUCUUGUGAAACAUGUCCAGUCAAAAGGAUACCCCAACGAACGCUUUGAACUUCUCACCAAUUUCCCUCGAAGGAAACUCUCCCACCUGGACUAUGAGAUCACGUUACAGGAGGCAGGCCUGUGUCCUCAAGAGACUGUCUUUGUGCAGGAAAGGAAUUAGCACCGUGGCCUGAGUUCUCCCAGCCUUCCUCCCCUCUCCUCUUUGCCUGGGACACCAACUCAUUAAAUAUGCAGUUGAGGGUCAUAGGAUUGCAGCGCUGAAAUCAGGCAGGCAGCUGGCUGGCCCUUCUCUCUCUUCUUCCCUUCUCCUGCUCUAGUGACCAAAUGAGAGUGUUCAGAGAUUUAUUUUCUUCCUCAGCUUGGGCCCUGUGGAGAGCAUCGAGAAGAACAUCUUCCCUUUGUUUUCAUGGAAUAAAGUAGAACGGUGAUCUGUGUAUGCAGUAUGCUGGGGCUUGGAAUGGCCAUAGUACACAUACCCUUCUCGCUGCUAUUCUUAAAUCUGUUUUGUUUAAUUUAUUUUUGAAAAUAGUGUGUGAUAAGGCACUGAGUCAUCUCUCUGUAAGGAGAGAGUGUAAUCUUCAGUACAGUCUUUCCUUUGUUUUGAUUCUCUACAUGAAAGGUCUCCAUUAACCGUACAGCCUUCUUAAGGGUUCACUUAUCAUAGAAUCAUAGAAUGGUUCAGGUUGGAAGGGACCUUAAAAAUAAUCUACUUCCAGCCCCCCUGCCAUGGGCAGGGACACCACUCUGUGAAAACUUGGGUUUUGGGAAGGAGUUGGGUUGAGCUGUGGUGAGAUACUUUGCCUCCAUCUAAUCUAAAGACUUCUAGAUUGCAUGCAUGUUUUCCUCCUGCUUUAAAUGCUGCCAGUAGAGAUGGUAAGAAAAGCAACCAACCACAAAUAAAUCCCCAGCUAUACUCUAUAUGGGAUUGACUGCUUGGCCCCGAGGGAAAUCUGCGUGUCCGCUGUUGGAGCAGAUUUGACUCCUUGGUGGGGUUUCCAUUUGUUCUCUUCCCAACAUCCCCUAAGUGUCUCCUUUUUACUUGCUCUCAGGAUUUUGCAAAUGAUGAUAGAAGGUGGCAGGAUACUGUAAAGAUCUUGGACUCUCUGGAGAACGCCUGUUGCAACCUGUUAGUUGGCUUUUUUCUUUGCCUGGUGUUUUGUUUUGUUUUCCCCAGGAGUGACUAGCUUUGCAGGGGUUUUAGAGCACUGACUGCAAUUGAGCAGGACAGCAAGUCCUAGGCAGGUUUUCUUUCAUUGAUUAAAAACAUACAGCCUUGCCAAACUGUGGAAUGAAUUAAUGCUUUAUAAAGGACUUCACAGCCUGGUGGCUCCCAUGCUCUAGGCCGCUUUUUAUUCUAUUUUCAUGUUCAUCUACCGUCACUUACCUCUAAAUAUGGAAAGCUGCUCCUUUAUUUAGGCUCUCUUUUCAUCUGCGGAAGGUGGCACCAGAAGUCACACAGGCGUAUCCUGUGCGUACACUGGGCCGUGCAGAGUGCCCUGUUUUCCCAAUGUCUUCUCUAAACAUUGAGCUGUUCAUCAAUUGGUGUUAGGGUAGGCAUUACAGUGGGAUAAAAGUUGACUAAAACAACCAUCCUCAAGGUGGAUGUCAAAUUUGUGUAUUUACAAUGAAGAACUCAGUGUAGCGUGCUCUCAUCAGUGAGGAAAACGGCAUGUGAGACCUACCAUAACUGCUAACUCUCUGCAACUGUCAGCUGAUUAUACUUGUUAAAGACUUUCUUUAGUGGUCAGAAAUUUAGUGUAGACUAAAACUUUGCAAGAUGUUUUGCCUUUAAUUUCAUACUAGCCUGCAUACUUUGUAGUCUUUGAAUGUAGGGAAUCACAGACAAUGUCUUGCGUUUCCCCUGGUAAUGCCCACUCACAGGUGUCGUCUUCUCACAAUUGAGGUUUUACAUGUAAUCAUACAACUGAUUUCCCUUCUACACAAAAACUAUUUUGCAUUCUGCUGCAAGAUGCAGUACCAGGAAAGCAAAAUCUGGUAGCAGUUUCCCAAUCAACAGUUGAUGUGACAUCGGAUGUCCUUUUUUGUUUGUAAAGAGGCUCUGUCAUGGAGGCUGCUUUAGAAAGUGAAUUGCAGGGCCAGCAGAAGAGCCGGGGGGGGUUGGUGUUUGGUCUGUGAAGCAGCAGUGGCAUCUGUAGACUGAAGGAUCCUUUGUGUUUCUAGGAUAUCCCAAUUCAUAACUCGGACGUACGAGAGAGUGGGACACAAGGAAACCCUUUCCAUGUAGGUCUGAUGCUUCCCUAAGUAGCUCCAGCUGUCUAGUUGAAAUAACUCACUCUUACGUUUGUUGCCUUGAAACUCAUUACCUCUUCUGUGGUUAGCCACAAGAAAAUCAAGGCGGGCUGCCGACAGGACAGAGUUCCCAACACGUGUAUAGAUAGAUAGUCCUUUGGUCUCCCUCAGGUGGGCUGGCAUGGGAGCAUGGUGACCUUUCCUGCUCUCCUGCCUGUUCCUGCCAGCGUAAGCAGGGAGCCUUUGUGGUCCCUCCGAUUCCUCUUGUGCAUGGCGGUUGGUUGGCUGUGUUUGCUGGUGGAGGGCCAGCUCAUUUUGGACAGGCUUGGGUUUGUUAUCCGCGCUGGGAACGUUGUUCCACCUCAGCUUUUCUAGCAGUUAAGUUCAACAGACAAAAUUGACUCUUGCCUUUUCAGUCCUAGGUCUGUUUUACUGGUGGCUUCUCUUCACCCCUGCCCCUUGCGGCUGGUCCUGAUGUAGGUGGGGCUAGGCUGUCCUAUGUGAAAGCGAUCUGCUAGAGAAUAGCUAACAGCUGUAUCCCCAGUGGGGAAGGGGGGAAACUGCACUGCAGGCAGGAGCAUGAACUUCUUCCAUCGGUUCCGCUGCUGGAGAGAUUGUGCGCUGCGUGGGCCCGUGCUGUGAACCUUCCUGUCUUACCCCCUCUUUCAGAGCUAAGCGUCUGAGGUGCAGGGCAGUGGGCAGCCGACAACUCCUUCCUUUCCUCUUUGCUCAGCUGUAGGGAAAAGAGUAACCUUACAUUCAUCAUUUUGCUAUCAAAAACAGAAGUGGGAGCCCUAGGUUAGCUUUUCAUUGCUUUUGUUAUGCCAAGAGGAGCUGGGUCACCUCUCUCAUGAGGAAGGAAACAUUGCACUUGGCUGCUGCAAGUUGAUUUUUAAACCACCAAGAAGCAUGCCUCUUGAGCACGGUAAAUGGUUUUGCCUGCGGGUGUAGUGAGACCAGGAGUCCUUACGCUCACUUCAUUUUUAAUUUCUUGAGAUUUUAUUUAGAAAAAUAUUAGUAUUUUUAUAACCUAACAGGGAAAGAAGAAUGUGAAACUGAAGAUCUACAUUGAAAAUGGGAUUUUUUUUUUUUUUUUCCCUCUGUCUCACAGUUCCUAGUAGUUUGUUCUGUUCCAAGAAAUUAUGAGCCUGUUUGUUUUGCUUUGUUUCUCUGGCCCGGUGUGUUUUUUCUUCCAGUUUUCUUUUGCUUUGGUCUGGGAGCAGGGGGCAGAGGAAAAAAAUGUUUUUGAGAAAUAUGCGUCCCUGCAUGUGACUCUUCUCUCCCUUUGUCCCUCUCCCCUCUUUCCUCCUCCUUCCUAACCCAAAUAAAACCAGUGUUGCAGCACACGCGUCAGUCAGCUGUGCUGCGGUGGCUGAAAGCUGUUCAGAAACAGCACCAGCCAGGAUUCAGCCUCUUCAGAUCUUCAUUCAUGUUGAAGCCCUUUGGAGUUUUGGAGGCACGUGUUUUGCUGGCCUGAGGAACGUGGCUGAAAAUGUUAACCAAGUUCUGCCUGCGACCGCUCGUAGCAGUGAAGGUGUUAAGCUAGUUGGGCUGUUUUUAUAAAGAGCCUUUGUCACAGUUGUUCUAGAUGUUAAAUCUGAAGUUCACAUUCCUUUUGACAAGGUUGGAAAAAAUGCCUUAAAUCUCUGAUUGCAAAUAUGAUGUUGAAAUAUGAAGGACAAAGGAAAAAAAUCCUUCAAAGGCUGUGGUUUGUGGCUUCCUAUGGGUGUUGCUUGGCCGUAAUUUGCACGUUGUGUUGCAAGGACUGCCAUGAGUUUGGAGGAGCAGAAGUGCAUGUAGACAGUGGAAGUCUUUCUGGGUAGAGAACUAAAGAGAGCUAAUGUGUUUCAAGCUGUAGCUUCUUGCUGCUUGCGGAGAUGUUUCCUUUGCGUGUGCUCUUCAUUUAACAAUGCUUUGUUUCUAUAUUUAAUGUCUAACUGCAGCUAAUAGUCACAGUCACGGCAAUAUUCAGAAACAAGGCAAAAUGAACGCUGGCUUUUCCUACCAGGUGCUGUUGACACAUCUACUGUUGGCUUCCUGCUUGUGAUCCUUCAGAGGCCCAGAGAAGGAUUUCAGGUCUUCCUGAUGAUACGUGCUCCAAGUCAAGCUGAUUGACCAGCUUCAACCUCACUGCAUUCCCUACUGACAUAAAAAAGGCUGAUCAAGGCCAUGCCAAACAUUUUUGGUUAUUUUCGUUAGGUUUGGAAUUUAGGUCUGCAGUUUUUACAUGCCUGAUGUUCAUGGACUGAAGUACGUUGCCCUUCCUGGUGAAUCAGAUAAGAUAAAUAUUAAAGGAAUGUCCAUGUAUGUGCAUAAUAGCCAAGUAAAAUAUAGUUGUCUCCAAAGGUACCUUUGUUCCUAAGUAGUUUUAAACAGCAGUUUUACAUCAGCAUGCUUUCCAGAGCUCCCUAGAUCUUCUGCCUCGCUGUUACAGGAGAAUAACACCUCUUCUCCGUUAAAGCAUGUCCAUUUUUCACUGCUGUUUGCAUUUCAUGUGCUCCACUACUUUCAUAGAUGCAUUUUUAAAAGACUACCAAAUUUAUAUACUCAUCUGCACCAGCUUUUACCAGCUUCCGCUUUUACUGGUGCUAUGUUUUGUGCCCUUGCGGAAAUUGGCAGCUGGUUUUAGUACAUGUUUUAAUAAAUAAACCUCACUGCUGAAGGGCCUGAUCUCUCAAAUUUCUGUUCUUGCUGGAGCACCAAGCUUGUUUGCAGGGGCUCAAGAGCAACAAGUGCUAAACCGGAAGUAAUUUUCUUUUGGGGGCAAGGCGUCGCUUGUGCUGCAUUUUGUCAGAUACUGGCUGUGGGGAUGCGUAAAAUGUGGUGUUUGUGGUUGUUUUUCUAAACCACAUAGAAACAGAUAACAGAGACACCUGCGUGGGAAUGCCCAUGACAAUGGGAAGACGCAUGUCAUUUCAGGAACUCAUCACUUAAUUUUUAUCCCUUCUUAGUUUUUAGCAAAUGUCACUACUUUCUUCUUGUUUAAUCCCUUUUUUAGUCAAGUUAGUUGAAAAACAGGUAGUCCUGUGCUCCGAGAGGAGGAGGGGUAGCGGACAUGCGCUUUAGGUGGGUGAAGUGCAAAGUCUCAGUCCCAUAAAAACUGGGUACACCGUGUCUGUCUGUUUUAAUAGAUUUGAUUGCAGCCUCUCCUCUCCCCCACCCUUCCUAUUUAUUUAUUUUGACAGAAAUUACUUUCUACAAAACAGAACAGCCGCUGUUCUAAAGGCAAAAUAGAACUCGCCUUUUGAACCCUGUGUUGGCCAUCUGCAUUGUUGGAAGUACCCGCAGUCGCGUGUUUGGAGACCGGCUGUCGAGGUCUGUUGGUUGAUGUUCUGCAAAGACAGUGUCGCCAAGGUUUUCUCUGUUUGAGCCCAAGAUCGUACCGCAGUUUGGUUAUACUCCGCUGUCUGCCCCUGAACCGGCGAGGUUAAUGGAUACGCUUUCUGUGAUGUUGUACAGGAUGACUUUUGCUCCGGUGUCCUCUUGUCCGUGAGAUCCUUAGUGUCUGUCCACUCCCAAUAAAUAUAGCCAUAUGUAUAUACAUAUAUAUACACACACACACGUGUUUUUAAUCGGAGAAUGGGGCACUUAACACCAGUGCCUCAACUUGCCUCAGUUUUUUGUUUUUUUCACAUGGGUGUAUUAUGAGUGAUUGCAGAAGUUGGGGAUUUGGUCACUGUCUCUAAUUACUGUGAGUGUCUGCAGUACAGAGAAAAGUCAUUUCGUAACUGCUUGUUAAAUGGUGCUGCGACUUUAAGGUAUAGAAGGAUAGAUAGUAAAAGUACUUGGAGCAGGGCAACGAGGUGCUAUUUUAUAGAACAGAUUUAUAUGAAGAACAUCUGGGUAAAACUCAGCUCGGAGACGUGGUGCCUCAUCAGAGACACCAGGCUAUAGGAUAGAUGAUUUUUAUAAAUGAGGCUGUUUCCUCUAAUUGGUGAACUUACAGUGUCAAAAUUAUGACAUUUUGAUACUGUAAAAUCACCAAUUAGAGGAAACAAGGAAACAGCCUCAUUUAUUUUUUUUUUUUUUUCAAAAUUAUAAAAUUUUGAAAGCCUGUCAGUUUUUACGGUAGCCACUUUCUUCUUCAAUGAUGACGACUUCACGUGGGAGGAGGGAGAGGAUUAAUUUGGAAUAUUUCGGCUCACUGUGCUGGGAGGGACCAAACUCAAGGAAACCUCUGAUCUAUAUACACAACUGCUGCAUUUUUUUAUAAAUAUAUGUAAAUGUCCUAUUGU